CAAGAAAACGAUAUCCCUCGGGCUAGUCGGGUCCUCCUCUCCCUUGACCUGUUGUCCUGUAGAAGGGUCGGCAAGCGUGAGAGCCCUUUUUCACUCCCAGGCCGAAGCCGCAAAUCCACCAUAAGCGCCAAUCUUGCACAGUAAGGAGGAUAGAUUCUCAAACCACCCGAACUUCGCAGCCAUGCACAGAUUGCUCUGCUUCUUCCCCUCCAAAUCGAACCCCCUCAAGAAUCCCAUCUCGCCCUUCCGAAAUCUCCCUAUCUUCCGCACCGAAAACCCUACCCGCUCACCGCUCCGGCCAGCCACUGGCUUCGGACUCCACCCGAGCGUCCCAACCCCUCCGAACCGAUCACCUCUAUCUCGAUUUCAUCUGGUUAGCACCAAUUUGUCGAGUUUAAUCCAUUCGACCGGAGGAACGAGGAGGUUCAGCGGAGAAUCGGGCGGCCGGGAGGCUCUGCAUUACGAUGUGGUUAUCGUCGGGGCGGGGCCCGCGGGGCUGUCGGCGGCAAUACGGCUCAAGCAACUGUGCCGGGCGAGGAACACCGACCUCUCGGUCUGUGUCUUAGAGAAGGGCUCCGAAGUGGGUGCUCAUAUCAUAUCAGGGAAUGUCUUUGAGCCUCGUGCAUUGGAUGAACUGAUCCCUUGUUGGAGAGAUGAGGGGGCUCCAAUUGAAGUUCCUGUUUCUCAUGACAAAUUUUGGCUUCUUACAGAGAAUCGUGCAUUGUCUCUUCCAUCCCCUUUUGAUAAUAAGGGGAACUAUGUGAUAAGUUUGAGCCAGCUGGUUCGUUGGAUGGCAACUAAAGCUGAAGAGUUGGGUGUAGAAAUUUAUCCAGGUUUUGCUGCUAGUGAGAUUCUGUAUGACGAAGAUGACAAGGUUGUCGGGGUUGCAACUAAUGACAUGGGUGUUGCUAAAGAUGGUUCAAAAAAGGAAACUUUUCAACGUGGAGUGGAGCUGAAAGGACAUAUUACACUCCUUGCUGAAGGCUGUCGAGGUUCCUUAUCAGAGAAAAUUAUAAGAGAUUAUAAACUACGAGACAAAGGACAAGGACAACAUCAAACCUAUGCUAUAGGAAUAAAAGAGGUCUGGGAAAUUGAGGAAGGGAAGCAUGUACCAGGCACUGUACUGCACACAGUAGGAUGGCCAUUGGAUAUGAAGACAUAUGGAGGAUCUUUUCUAUACCACAUGAACAACAGGCAGAUAUCUAUUGGACUGGUUAUUGCUUUAAAUUAUCGCAAUCCUUAUCUGAGCCCUUUUGAUGAAUUCCAGAAACUUAAGCACCACCCUGCCAUCAAAUCGCUUUUGGAAGGUGGAAGUGUUCUCCAGUAUGGUGCCCGCACUUUGAAUGAAGGUGGUUUUCAGUCAAUACCAAAUCCAGUUUUUCCAGGAGGAGCAAUUAUUGGAUGCUCUGCAGGAUAUAUAAAUGUGCCUAAAAUAAAAGGAACACAUACUGCUAUGAAAUCAGGUAUGCUGGCAGCAGAAGCAGCUUUUAAUGUUCUAGAUGGAGGAGCACAAAUGGAAAUGUAUUGGGACAGUUUGAAAAGGUCAUGGAUUUGGGAAGAGCUUUACAGAUCCCGGAAUUAUCGACCAGCAUUUGAGUAUGGGCUUAUUCCUGGUUUGGCCUUUUCUGCAUUGGAGCGCUAUGUUUUUAGAGGAAGAUUGCCAUUGACACUGAAGCAUGGAAAACCUGAUCAUGAAGCCACGGAUAUUGCCGGUGUGCAUACUCCAAUUCAAUAUCCAAGGCCAGACGGACGAGUAUCCUUUGACGUACCAACUUCACUGUACAGGAGUAACACAAAUCAUGAACAUGAUCAGCCUGCUCAUCUUCGUCUGAGGGAUCCUACAAUACCUGAACGAGUAAAUCUGCCACUAUAUGCUGGGCCAGAGUCGCGCUAUUGCCCAGCUCGUGUAUACGAGUAUGUCCCUGAUGAGAAGCAUGGUAUGAAGCUCCACAUCAAUGCUCAAAAUUGCCUUCAUUGUAAGGCCUGUGAUGUUAAGGAUCCGAAGCAAAACAUAGAGUGGACGGUUCCUGAAGGCGGUGGUGGUCCCGGAAUAAAAAUGCACUCGAGCGGGCAACCUAUACGAUGAAAGUCCUCAUUAAACUUUUUGCAAAAUCCUCAGAAACUUUGGAGGCAAAGAUCUGUCGCUUUCAAAAAUAGCUGAAGUUUUGGGCAAAUACUAUCUCCACAUGCAAAUACUAUCUGCCGUAUCAAUAUCCAUGGAGGAUUUUAUUAAUUUGUGUUGAAACAAAAAUACAAAACAAGCAAUGGUGCUAGACGGGCCCGUAAAAUUUCUCUCCAUGAACGAGAGGGUGGUCACUCCAGCACUGCUGUUUCAAUUUUUUUUUUUUGGAAAGACCAUCCAAAAGCUGAGCUGAAGGGCAUUAAAGCCUGAGGCCUGACAUAUUAGCAGUGUUUUUCGUGGGUUUGUGAUUGCUACUGCUGUUGAGCCCGACAUGAAACUCAGUGCUACAACAUUAGGCUUAAUUAAUUGAACCUAGACAACAUUUAUUGAGGCCAGGCGCCGUGUGAAUCCAACAGGCGACGCCAAACUGAACACAGCCAAUUUCGCGUCAAGAUCUUAGAGGUCGGUGGAGCCAGAGCUGGACGACUCUGGGAAAAGCCCGGCUCUGGGGAAGCUACUGCUCUUCUCUGUAUAAUAUUCGGUUAUCAGAUUACCUCAAAAUAUAUUCGGUAACCAAGUCGGAGACUCUAAUUUGUUCUCCAUCUGAGGUUAUUAUAAUGUGAUGCUUUUAGUUUGCAAGGGCCCCAACUUCAAAGACU